AAGUAUUUUGAGAGAGCAAAGAGGGGGGGAAAGAGAAGGAAAUGAAUUAUCUUCGGGGAAGCUUUCUCUUGGCAGCGGCAGCCCUGACAUUGCUCCUCGGGACCAGAGCUGUCCCCCUCCCGGAUUCCUCCGGGGAAGAGGAACUUCUUGAUCCCCCGGACUCGCUUGCCAGAAGCCGCUUGCUGCCCGAUUGCGAGUCUCUGGCGUGGCUGCUGCACAGCAAAGCGGCCAAGCUGAAGGACGAGAUGUGUGAGAAAUUUACUGUGUGUGACAACAGUAUGGAGAUGCUUGCCCAAAACAAUCUGAACCUCCCCAAGAUCACAGAGGAAGAUGGAUGUCUACUCUCUGGAUUCAAUGAGGAAAAAUGCUUGAGAGGAAUCUCUAGUGGACUUUUUGCAUUUCAGACAUACCUGGAAUAUGUCCGAGAGACAUUUAUUAGUGAAAAGCAAAAAGUGGAAUCCAUAUGUUAUGGUACAAAGCAUCUGGCAAAUACUAUGAGGCAGAUGAUGAAAAAUCCUGAUGCAGUGAUCGUGCCAGACCCAGCUACCCAGAGCACACUUUUUGAAAAACUGAAGUCAAAUAAAAAAUGGAUAGAGAAAAUCAGCACCCAUCUCAUCCUCCGGGACUUUACUUCAUUCAUGGAGAAAACUGUGAGAGCUGUUCGAUAUCUGAAAAACACCAGGAAUCUCAGUGUUUGAAUGUUUUAAUUCAGGCACAUUCCUUCAUCACAAAAUCUGUCAUGUGGCAGAUGACAAUGUUGUUCUAUUUUAAGAACCAGAAGUAAU